AUGAUAUUGCGAACUUCGCCAUCCAAGGCGAGACCGCCCGUGCUCUCAUUUCGCACGCCGCCGCGACGGACAUUUCACUCGUCCAAGACGCGUUCGCAAACACAAUCGCAGUCGGCCAAGGGCGAGGCUGCCGGUAAGGGUGCUGGUUCCGGCCCCGCCGCUGCCGAGUCUCUGAGUCUUAGUGCGCGGCUGAAGAAGCUGUCACGAGAGUAUGGAUGGGCGGCCGUUGGUGUCUACUUCGGGCUGUCUCUGCUCGACUUCCCGUUUUGCUUUCUGCUUGUCCGGACUGUGGGCACCGACAAGAUUGCCGAGAUCGAGCAUGUUGUGGUGAACUAUGCGAAGGCGGUCAUCCCAGAGAAUGUCAAGGAGUUUUGGCGCAACUACAAGUCCAACCUGAAGAAGGUGGAGAAAGAGAGCGGCAACGCUUCGGGUGAAGAGGAUACCGAAGGCUGGGGUGUUGAGGAGGCUGAAGAGCGGCACAAGCGCUCAGCUAGCCUUGCUACACAAUUGGCACUCGCAUAUGCCAUACACAAGAGCUUCAUAUUUGUGCGCGUGCCUCUGACAGCUGCAGUCACGCCAAAGGUGGUCAAGAUUUUUCGCAGCUGGGGGUGGAAGAUAGGGAAAGCGACCCCGGGAAAAUAG